UUGAUUCCUAGUUCUUUAUUUCCCGAUAGUGGCGCUAAUUACGUGAAUUAGAUAAGAAGUUUUUGUAUGGAUUGUAAAUAGAAAUGAGUUGCGGAUCACUUUUGAAAAGGAAAUACAAUAUUCAUAUUUAAGAGCAACUGCCCGGUAAUAAAAAUGCGGCGUUUAUCGAGAUGUUUGCAUACAAUUCGUUUGGAGCUGAACAAUAAUGUGGAUGGCGCACGUUUUCCAAGUUUAGCUAGUUUUUGCGUGGUCCCAAAGUCUAUAGAGGAAAAUAAGGAAGCUCUGAUUAGAUCUACUAAAUCUAUCACAUUUAAUACUUCGAAGUACGUUGGCACACAGCAAGUCCGUAAAUAUGUCCCGACAUCUAGCACAUUGGCUGAAGAGGUCUGCUGGAACUGCAAAGGAAAAGGACGUAAAAAUCAUAUGUUGUGCUUGUCAUGUGGCUUUUUACAAGACGUAGACAUGGAAAUUAACUACUUUCAUUUGCUGAAUUUGCCAAACCAAUUUUCCUUGGAACAGCAAGAAUUAACGCGACGAUUCCGGCAACUUCAAACACUGGUGCAUCCGGAUAAAUUCAGCAACAGAACAUCGAGAGAGCAGAAUAACUCCGCGGACUGGAGUGCUCUAAUAAAUAAAGCCUAUAAAACACUGUCUGCUCCAAUAGAGCGCGGUCAAUAUUUAUUGAAGUUGCAAGGCGAGCAAAUGCCGCAGGAUAACAGUGCAUUAAAUAAGGAAUUUCUGAUGGAAAUGAUGGAGAUCAACGAGGAAGUAGUUGACGCGAAGUCCAGUGAAGAUUUGCAGCGUCUAAAUGAAGGCAUUGUGCAACAACUAAACGAAGCUGUGAAAGAGUUAAGCAUUAAAUUUGAGUCAAAUGUGCUGUCUGAAGCCAAGUCUUUGCUAGUCAAAAUGAAGUAUUUGCUUAGUGUUCAGAGGAGUAUCAAGAAUAAACUCCAGAAAAUGAUGGGUGGUUAAGCCGUUUGCGUUUUACUAAUCAACCGGUGUUCUUUUAAAUAUUCUUAUUGGCUGUUUUCUUCGUUAAUUCGCAAAUAAUAAAUACACGUUAUAUAUUAUAAA